GACACCAGCAAGUGACUAUUCCAUUGUCAAUAUAACAACCUUCGAGGCCAGUUUUUUCAUCAGUUAGAUUAUUACCAUAUAUUUGUACUCAAUCGACUACUAAGUAGUGUCCUGUGAUAUUUGGCAUCUCAUUUCCUUAUCCUUUCGCCAUCACGAUGACUGGAAAAUUUACACUCAAAGAUCCGGCUCGUUGUGCCCACUAUGCUCGAUUCUUUCAAAGUUUAACAUUGGCCGAAGCGAAUAUCAUAUACUGGUCUUUGUUUGUAUUCGUUCUUAUUUUGAUGUGUAUAUCAUCUAUCCAACACCACAAAUCAAAUAACCUGACCGAACUCCUGAAAAGUGACUCCACUUCUCGCCAAAUUCGUCGCAUUCGUCGUCGCCGCAUACAUUACCUAUCGAUAGUCUCUCUUUGUUUCAUGAUCGCUCUUAUUUGUAUCGUUCUUGAGGUAUUCGCCGCCUUCAAUAUCGAAUACUGUGACGGCGAAGAUCUAAUUCAACUCUACUGGGGGUUUUGGUCAAUUCUUCAAGUCGGUUCCCUCAUCGCUAUUCUAGGAGUCAUGUUGCAAUUCUGGAUUGUUCUUGGGAACGUUCAAACACCGAGUUGGGCAGUGGCUCUGGGAACUCCUGUGUUGGUUUUCGCUGCGUUGGGGUACAUCUUCAGACAUAUUGGAAAAAGCUGGAGGUGGGGAAAAGGGAAAAAUCAGGAAGAGGAUGUGGAUCUCGAGGGUGGUAGAAGUGAAGAAAGCGAGGUUGAGAAUGAGGAAGGGGAGAAGAGGCGCAGUUGGGCUGAGAGGUGGAUCACUUGGGCACCUGAGGAUCAAGAAAUCAGAGAUAGAAGAGAAGAGGAUUUGAGUAAAGUGAGGACCAUGAGGUCGGCUGAAUGUUCGGAUAUGGAGUUUGCUAGUAGAGCAACAACAUUGUACACACCAGGGCAACCAGGCGAUGUCAGAAGGAGCUCGACAUAUUGAGCUAUGGCUGGAUGAUGAUGAUAAUUGAUUGAAAUAUGUUAAAUUAUGUUUGAUGAUGAUACGCACAUGCUCAAGUGCUGAGCUCAGGAUGGAUGGAUAAACGGAUACCAAAGGAAAUACGGAGUUUGUUAAAGUUUGGCUCA